AUGGCAGGGACAGUGGCUGACAGGGAAGAAGAUUUCCGUCCUUUUACUCAGGUAAGACCUUCGAUUGUUGUUCCAGCUGCUAGGCAGAAGAGACUAGCCCACAAGCCGCGUGCAGAGCCGCAAGCAUAUGAGAUGGAUUUUGCUGGUGAUGAUCUUGCCAGCGACGGAGAUAUUCUCUUUUGCUGUUGCUCCAAAUCUAACUACGACUUCACUUUGCUCCAGAUAUUGAGCAACAGGGUCAUUGUGGAGGGAUCAGAGAAGCACAGCUCUCUCAAUGAGGGAUCCAUUCUCUGGAUUACUGAAACCAGGUUGCCACUAGGAAGAAUUGAUGAAAUAUUUGGACCUGUGAAGAAUCCCUUCUAUGUUGUCAGGUACAACUCUGAUGAUGAAGUUCCUCAAGGAAUUAGCAUUGGUGUUGCCAUCUCUUUUGUUGUGGAUUUUGCCAACCAUAUUCUAAAUGAAAAAUACCUCUAUGAGAAUGGGUAUGAUGCAUCAGGUAUCGAUGAUGAGGAGGCUGCUGACGAAGUGGAAUUCUCUGAUGAUGAAAAGGAAGCUGAGUACAAGAGAUCUCUCCGUCAAAGUAAGCGAGAUGCAAACUAUGGGAAACAGGGGACUGGGUUUGGCAAGAAAGCUAAUUAUAAGGGUUUAGUUGUAAAGAGAGGUCGACAAUGUGUAAUAUUUAUGCUUCUUAUAUUUAGGACUUUAGUUGUGUAAAUUUGAAGCAGUUGUAUCCCUAAUUUGAAGCAAUCUUUGUGUAAAUCUUGGCUGGCACUCUAUUAUAAAUGAAAACUUGUCUUCCAUUCUGAGUUGCGAUUUGUAGAGCAUGUUUAUAUUGAGAAUAUUCCAUUAGUGCCUUUGAAUC